UAUGUGUCUCUUAACAGUUUGCAUCUCAUGAAGAGCAUUUUGAAUAAGCAACAUUUGUACUUAUUUUAUUUACGGCUUUUGAUGUUUCAUUUCUACCAAAAUCAAUUUGAUUUUGCAAAAUUCGAAUAAAAAUGCAUCAUCUAAAGCGAGAAACCGAAGCUGGUCACUGGUAUAUCAACGAGUUGGGCGCGCGAGUGGUAGCGGAGUCAGGACGACCUGAAGACCGCUUCCAUCUCGGCAAGCUGCUGCUGACGAGCCUCAGAGAUGACCCAGACUUGAUCUCACAGAUUGAUGGAGGUACGGGCGAGUCCGAAACGUGCGGUUCAGUUCUGGAGCGUAGCGUGCGGUGCGCCAACGCAUUUAGGAAGUUAGGCUUGGGAUGCGGUGACGUCAUUGUGCUAAUGGCGCCCAACUACUUGGAUAUCGCUAUCCCCUGCUAUGCUGGUCUUUAUACUGGCGUGGCUGCCGCUCCUAUCGAUAAAUUUAUGGAAAUGAAGGACCUAAAACACAUGUUGGAUAAGGAUAAGCCUAAAAUUGUAUUUUGUCAAAGCAAAAGAGCUAAAGAUGUAAGAGAAGCUCUUGACAGCUGCAAUUUAGCAAGCAGCAUUGUUAUUUUCGAUGAGGAUGGUGACAAAGUAAAUAACACGAUUUACUUUAAGGACUUUUUGACAAAAUAUAAUGAUGAAACAACUGUGGAAAAUUUCAAAGCAACAGAUUUUAACCCUGAGGAUGCAACAGCAGUUCUUAUAUCAACCAGCGGAUCCACAGGUCUCCCUAAGCAGAAUAUAAUAACACAUAAGAACGUUGUUAUUAGUGCGUCUUCGUGGUGGCCACUCGAAAACAAAUUUCCCGCGCCGACCAGAAUUCAUCUAGUGGUGUCUCCUUUGCAAUGGCUUACAGCAAUGAUACAGUGCCAUCUCUCUGUCCUCUUCAAGUAUACACGACUGCAGUCUUCUCACGAUAUGGACUACGCUCAUGUUUGUCAUCUUAUAAAUACUUACAGACCAACUUCUACAAUUAACAGUCCGGUAUUUCUAGCCAAUCUGCUAAGAUAUGGAGCCCAGAAAUGUGAUUUCACUAGUUUUCAAACAGUAUACGUUGGAGGCAGUGCUGUGUCUCCUGACCUUAUAGAUGAAUUUAAGAGUCUGGCUCCAAAGGCGAACAUAUGGGACAUAUAUGGUACAACCGAGAUAAGCGGGCUGGGAUUCGUCCCCAACGCGACCCCUCUCGCCAGAGGCCCUAAUGCAUGUCAAGGCAAGCAAGCUCGUCAUCUGGAGUAUAGGUUAAUAGACAUAGACAAUAACGAAGAUAUUGUAGAACCAAAUGUGCGGGGAGAGUUGUUGUUGAAAGGACCAAGCGUAUUCAAGGGAUAUUACAAGAACGAAGAAGAGACGAAACUAAUGAUGACAGAAGACGGCUGGUACAAGACUGGAGAUAUAUUCUACAGAGAUGAGCACUGGAACUUCUACUUCGUGGCGCGCAUCAAAUUUCUUCUGAAGUACAAGACAUAUCGAAUGUCUCCUGUGGAGAUUGAGAACGUCAUAAACCAACACCCAGGAGUACAGUACGUGGUGGUGACUGGGAUACCGGAUACUUACUGCGGAGAUCUUCUCGCCGCUUGCGUCGUUCGUCGCCCUGGAUCUACUGUCACUGCGCAGGAAAUCAAGGAUCUUGUUAUAAACAAACUACCAGACUCAAGGCAGCUGAGAGGAGGUGUCGUGUUUGUAGACAAAAUGCCACUGACUGCCACCACCAAAGUUAAUUUGAUGAAAGUGAAGGAAUUAGUCAUCAAUGCGGAACGAGAAUAGAAAAUUUAUGCAUUGCAAUAAUUAAUAAAAACACUGUUGUUAUCAUA